UAUUUUACGAAGAAGUUGACAGCAAAUAGCAAAUGCACUUGUCAAAAAAUCAACAAAGAACCAAAUGCCGGUUUCCUUAUUAUUUUUAUUUGUAGUUUACUAAUUUUGUGGUCAAAGUACAAAUGGCUUCCGCUUUGGAGCAGUUUGUAAAUACUGUCAGGACCCUAUCGUCUCAAGGCAACUACAGAGACUUAUGUGACUAUCUAAGUAAAAGCAAUGAAAUUUUAAUAAAAAAUGGCCAACACUUGGACAAUGUGCUCGAAACGUUAGAUAUUCAGCAACACUCUUUGGGGGUGCUUGCUGUUCUAAAUGCGAAAUACAAUACACCUCUAGUGAAUGCGACGAACGAAAAUAGAUUUAAACAAGUGAAGGAUUUCAUUUUUAAUUGUAACGGCGAACAAAUUAGAUUAGCACCAGACCUGUUUGCAGAACUCUGUCAUUUAGUUACGGCAAAUUUAACUGAACAAAAGCAACCGAUUAAAGGCAUUUCUCUGCUACAGAAAGCGAUUUCGAAACUUCAACUGUACGACUCCCAGCUAACAUCCAUACAUGCCGAUUUAUGUCAAUUAUGCUUACUCUCGAAAUGCUUCAAGCCCGCUUUAGAAAUAUUAGAUAUCGAUAUUACGGGAAUAUGUCAAGAGAAUGUGCAAGGUCAAAGUGGGUCGCAUUUCGAUGCCAAGUACUUUCUUUUGUAUUAUUAUUAUGGGGGUAUGAUUUACUUAGCUCUGCGUAAUUUGGACCGUGCACUUUAUUUUUUGGAAGUUGCCAUUACGACUCCUGCACAGGAAGUUUCUCAUAUUAUGUUAGAAUCGUAUAAGAAAUACAUCCUUGUCUCGCUGCUAUUGCAUGGAAAGAUUUUAGUUAUACCUAAGUACACAUCAAGGGUAGUUAAUCGUUUCAUAAAACCGCUCUCUCAGCCCUACCACGAACUAACAAACGGAUUUGCGUCAAAUAAUUCGGCCGAAUUAAAUAUGAUUGUUAAUAAACACAAUGAGGUAUUUGCUCGAGAUCACAAUUUAGGACUAGUUAAGCAGGUGGUGUCUGUGUUGUAUAAGAAAAAUAUUCAGCGCCUUACGAAAACUUUUUUAACACUCAGCUUGUCGGACGUCGCCAGUCGAGUGGGGCUUGCCAGUCCAAACGACGCUGAAAACUACAUAUUGCACAUGAUCGAGGAUAAGCAGAUUUACGCGACGAUCAACCAAAAGGACGGUAUGGUUAUAUUUCGCGAUGAGCCUGAUAAAUACGGCGGGCCGGAGGUGCUGAAGGGUUUAGAAACGCAAUUGCAACAGUGCAUGGAGUUGGACAAGCAAAUUUUGGCGAUGGAUGAGGAGAUUCAGGUUAACCCUCAGUAUGUGAAAAAGGCGACCGGUUUACAGGAGGACGAGCAGCCUAGCAAAAGCGCUUACGCCAUAUGAAAAUGUACCGUUGUUUAUUUGCUUUAUUUCUUCAUCUUUGUACCUGUUUAAGUUUGAAACCAUUACAGCUGCAUUGCCCAAUUUGAGUGAAAGAGUUUAACUUUGUACUAAUAAAAUCACACAGAAAUUACA